AUGGUCCCAAAUGAAGCCCAUCUAUAUAUGGGAAUUAUCCAUUUGCUUCUGCAUUUUGGAUGGACAUGGGUUGGGCUUUUUGUUGUGGAUGAUGACAGUGGAGAACAUUUCUUGCAGACCCUGGAGCCAUUGCUUUCCCAGAAUGCAAUCUGUUCAGCCCUCACAGAAAGAGUCCCACAACAAGCCCGUUUGGACCCCUUUGAAGAACUUGAUUUUAUAAUCUCAAAUAUUUAUGUACCUUUUACAGACAAAAGAGUCAGUACAUUUAUUAUUUAUGGAGACUCUAUGACAAUGUUAUGGCUGAGAACGUUUAUCUUUUUCCGAGAUCCUGGAAAUAAGGAAAAUGCAUCAUUUAGAAAAGUCUGGAUUAUGACAACUCAGAUUGAUUUCAUAUCAACAGGCAUUCAAAGGGGUUGGGAUUUUUCUCUGUUCCAAGGUGCCAUUUCCUUCACAAUUCACUUAAGAGAAAUUCAAGGAUUUGAGGAAUAUCUUUGGAGCAUAAAUCCCUACUACAACAAAGGAAAUGGUUUUCUCAGAGACUUUUGGGAGCAAGCAUUUGACUGCUCAUUUAUAGAUGCCCAAGGUCUGAUAGAAGUUGACGGAGCAUGUACCGGGAAGGAGAGGGUGGAGAACCUUCCUGGGCCAAUGUUUGAAAUGGGCAUGACUGGCCACAGCUACAGUAUUUAUAAUGCUGUUCAUACUCUGGCGCAUGCCUUGGAUUCCCUUCACUCAUAUACAAUCAGCCGCAGAGCUGGAAGGGAGGCUAAAAGUGCUGACCUUCAAGAUCUGCAGCCUUGGAAGCUCCACCCAUUUCUUCACGGCAUUUCAUUUAAUAACUCAGCUGGGGAAACAAUAACUUUUAAUGAUAAUAGGGAGAUGGGAGGUGGAUUUGAAAUAAUAAACUUAGUCACUUUCUCCAACAAGUCCUUCCAGAGAGUGAAGGUAGGAAGGGUGGAUCCCGACAAUGAAGGGAAGGAAUUCACCAUUAAUGAGAAUGUAAUUGUGUGGCAUGGAGGCUUUAACCAGGUGCAGCCUGUUUCUGUAUGCAACUACUACUGUCACCCUGGCUAUCAGAAAAAAGCUAAAGAAGGGGAGAAAUUUUGCUGCUAUGACUGUUCUCCUUGCCCAGGAAGAAAGAUUUCAAACCAAAAAGACAUGAAUGACUGUUUUGAAUGCCCAGAAAAUCAGUAUCCAGACAAAAAGAGAAAUGGAUGCAUCACCAAAACUAUUAGCUUUCUGUCUUAUGAAGAACCUUUAGGGAUCAUUUUGUUCUCAGUUGCUGUUUCUUUUUCCAUGAUCACAGCUUUGGUUCUAGGAACUUUUAUAAAGCAUAAAGAUACCGCCAUAGUCAAAGCCAACAACCAGGAUAUAACUUAUAUCCUCCUCAUCUCCCUCCUGCUCUGCUUCCUCUCUUCUUUGCUGUUUCUUGGACAACCUAGCGAGGUUACCUGCUUUCUCCGACAAUCUGUUUUUGGCUUUGUUUUCUCAGUAGCCAUUUCUUGUCUGUUGGCCAAAACCAUCACUGUGGUUGUAGCUUUCAUGGCCACCAAGCCAGAGUCCAACAUGAGGAAGUGGGUGGGGAAAAGACUUACCAAUGCUAUUGUCUUUUCCUGCUCCCUUAUUCAAUUGGGUAUUUGUGUAUUGUGGCUAGGAACUUCUCCUCCGUUCCCAGAUGUGGACAUGCAUUCACUGACUAAAGAAAUCAUUGUGGAAUGCAACGAAGGGUCAGUCACCAUGUUUUAUUCUGUCUUGGGUUACAUGGGCUUCCUAGCUAUCACCAGCUUCAUGGUGGCAUUCCAAGCCCGCAAGUUACCUGACAGUUUUAAUGAAGCCAAAUUCAUUACCUUCAGCAUGUUGGCAUUUUGCAGUGUGUGGCUGUCCUUUGUUCCCACCUAUAUGAGCACAAAGGGAAAAGAGAUGGUGGCUGUGGAGAUCUUCUCCAUCUUGGCCUCCAGUGCUGCGUUAUUGGGUUGCAUCUUUUCUCCGAAAUGCUACAUCAUUGUGUUGAGGCCACAGUUGAACAGCAGAGAACAGUUAAUAAGGAGAAAGAAUUAA